AUGGGUCGGCGGCCGGGGGCUUUCUCUGCAAGCCUAUCGCAGGAAGACCGGGAAGUGCAAGCAGAAUUGCUUGCUUUGCGCGGCCACCUUCCGAAGCAGCUGGAGGCCGAUGAGAUAGAGGAUCGUCAGAAGGAUGUCCUCGAUGAAGCCGGCUUUGCAAUGGACGAGAACAAUCCUCUCGUCUACGUGUCGAAGAAUGACGCAUCACGAACAGAUGGAGUUCCGUAUGUCGUGACCUACAAGAAAGUGGCCAUCCGAAAGAUUCCUUCAACGGAGUCGCAUGUUCUGGGCGCACUUGAAGCCGGUGAUAAGUUGACCCUCUUCGAUGCAGAUGUCACAGGGGCCUGGCGGAAGCUUCACUACAAGCUCAAAGGUGGCUAUGGAAGUCUGGUGGAGGCAUGGGUGAUGCUUCGGCAUCAUCAACUCGGAGCUUUAGUUCAGCGAGCUGACGGGAAGAGUGACCGGGUGGAAGCCAAGGAGCCAGUUUCCACGGAAGUCCCAGUCGCAGCGCCGGCUGUGGAUGCCUCUGCAGAGGAGGAAGUUGACAAGACUGCUCGGGCAGCAGCCUUGGCUGCCGAAUUCGGCGAACGUCUCAUGCUCAUGUCUGCGCAGGACGUUCGCCGGUUCAUGCCAACUGGCAACCGCAGAACCUUCGAGGUGGUUUGGAAACCCACGGUGGCCGUGCGCACCAUGCCUCACAAAGAUGCUCUCAUUGUGACCACCGCUGAGCAUGGUCUGCAAAUUGACACCUUCGGGACGGAUGAGACUGGCGAAUGGCGCAAGGUGUAUUGCUCCUGUACAUCAUCCGGCCGCGAGGAUGCACCGCUCCCGGAAACACCACUAGCGGCCUGGAUGCUCGAGAAGCACGAGACGUUGGGUGUUUUGCUGAGGUCAGUUGAAGACACCAUGCGACCGACCGCGAAGUAA